CUCGAACGCGAUAGAACAGACGAAUGUCGAGUCUCGGUCAAUGACAGAGAUAGCUGUGAGUCAACAAAUGCCAAGCAGAGUCAAGCAUUGAACCCUUAUCUCCGCAAGAACUCCAGUAUUUCUCUUUAGUCUAGACAAUGGACGUACUGUGCGUGUAUCGUCAAGAGAUUACAGCAAUGCCGUGGUUAUUCAAGAAACACCAAGGGGGUCAACAGCACGGAUCAAUCAACUAUACCUGGGUAUCUAUCAUGAUAUCUAUUCGCAAAACUCCACUCUGAUAUUGAGCGUCUUACUAUAGUUGUCAAUCAUUACACCGAUGACAAAAAUAACCAACUCUUGGCCAAGAGUAUACUAAUAGUAAAUGAUCGGAAGUCGCCUUGAUGGCUUAUCAUCCAGGAUACUUUCUUGUUUUCUUCUUCUCCAUAUUUGACUCAGGGCUAAGUUGGGACAUAGAAUUGGACUAUCGUGUCAUACAUUGCUUAGAAAGUUGACGGAACUCUCCAUGAUCAAGAAGAAGUCCCGUCAGCAAAAUAAUGGAUUUGUGAAAUGUGAAUGUUGAAACACGGUACCAUAACCCAUUGGCUCAUCAUACGCCCAGUUCACUCGGCGUCAACUGGGCUUAGACUGUCUCACGAAGAGAGGAUUCAUGCUGGUCGUUCUCAUCUGCCGCACAUCCCCAAGGCUGAAGGGAUUUCCAGGAAUGACCAUGAUCACGGUCUAAAUGCAAGCAACAGCGCUAUUGAGGUUGUUGGUUGUGUCUUAAAUGCCACGCAAUUUCCCCCUGCAACUAGCGCACCGGCUUCUUGUUAUGUCCGACUUAAAGUGCAGCAAUUGAUCAUUAUUAUUAAUGAUUCUGCACCUUGCGGCGUUGAGGAGGUGCCGUAGCUGAAUUAUCGGAACUAUUGAGCCCUUGCGGCUUUGCCUGUCCAGGCUUGGCCCGCGCCUCUUUUGAGAUGAGCAAGCCUCAGUAUCAGCUCUUGAUUAUUGAUGCCACUUCAAGAAAUAAGGCUUUGAGAUAUUGUUUCGGAUGUCUUGAGACAACCGUGUUCCAUUGGGCAUACGUCAAGUCAUGUCAUGUUUUGAU